GGCUGUGGGCGGGUCUCGCCGUAAGAUGGCGGGGUGAGGGGAGAAGAUGGCGGUGUGGGGGUCGGAGUUGGUCUCUCAGUUCUGGGCUCAGUUCCUGGCUCUGGGCUCCGAGUUCGGUGAAGAGUGGGAGAGGAAUGACCUGAGAGCCGCCCUCUUCCGCCUCCUCCUGGCCUGGCUGCUCCUCAGCGUCACCGCCAUCCACCUGGCCUGGAGAGGCUACGGACCCACCGUGACCGCCUUCUACUACCGGCAGGGUCCGGGUGGACAGAAUGGCGGUACUCCGGAAUGCCCCUCCCAUGUCAAUAUCUGUGAAAGCUCCAGUACAGAAUCCCUGAAGAGCCACCAGGAGUGACAUGAGGCAGAGUGUUGGGUACUCCGUCCGCUGGGUGUGAGGCGCAGCAAUGGAUAUGACUGACACUGAGCUGCUUCCCUUUCCCGGCUCUUUUCCAUGAUCGCCGCGCAGAAGGACUGGACUGAACACGGCACCAUAAUGGCUUCCAGGCUGCGUCUUAUACCGCCUUACCUAUAGAUAUAUGUGGUGCUCCAUACUGACAUUGCUUUAUGGACCGUCCUCUUCAUCCUGCAGAAUGUAUACCGUGACAGGUGCUCUUAAGUUUGGGGUGUGCAUUCCUUCCCCAACCCCCAUGGAUGGCGGCCCUGGUGUAAUUAGUCUGAGAUCUGUGUGAUGGCUUAUUAUACCGUGGUUGGGUGUGUGUGCACUUCAAGGGGGGCAAUGCAACUAAGGAAGUUUCAGGGGGCCACCAGGACUCCCACCCUCAAGAGAGGGGGUUCACUACAGCUCCCACCUUCAAGACGGGGUUGUGGCCACACUACGGCUCCUGCCUUCAGGGGGGUGGUCAUUACAGCUCCUGCCUUCAAGGGGGGUGGGGUAACCACAAUGGCUCCUGCCUUCAAGGCUCUCGCUUUUUGAGGGGUGAAGGGAAGACCACCAUGGCUCCCGUCUUCAAAGGGGUGAAGGGAGGACCACCAUGGCUCCCGUCUUCAAAGGGGUGAAGGGAGGACUACCAUGGCUCCCGUCUUCAAAGGGGUGAAGGGAGGACCACCAUGGCUCCCGUCUUCAAAGGGGUGAAGGGAGGACCACCAUGGCUCCCGUCUUUAAA